AUUGGAUGACACCGUAACAGGUGAUUAAAUGUCAACGCGUGUAUAUUUAAAUUGAAAUAUAGGAUAUGUUGUUUCUGCUUUGCUCCCAUGUUGCUUCGCGCGUUGAAACGACCAAAUCACGCGAGGGUCGCCAGGGUCGCAAAUGCAAUGUGGACCAACGUGGACCUGAAUUAACCUAACCUGCUGCUGAGAGAAAUCUGACUCUGAGCGGAGUGCGGUUUCCCUAUAACCUUACUUAGUUGUGAUCACCUGAGAUAGUUGUUUGACGUCUGCGAAGGACUGAAUGGAUCGCGGAGCAAGUAGUGUGUGUUAGGUUCCAUUCACCUGCUGCUGGGGCCGGAGGCUGUCCACCCACACGAGGUGCUGGCACAGAGCCUGCAAGAGGCCUCUUGCCAUUGGCUGGCCCCUGCCUGCACCCGAUUGGCCCUCUUCUCCCCUGGAGGUGGAGAGCGCGUGGUGACGGGAAGCAAUGUCAUUCCCUAAUAAGGGUGACCGUGACAAGUGCUGGACUGCUCGUGAUCGUUAUUGGGAGUGUCUGGACCUGAACCUGGAGGAGCGUGAACGCUGCUUGAAGCAGAGGCAAGUGUACGAGUCAUCUUGCCCAGCUCAGUGGGUGAAGCAUUUUGACCGCAAAAGAACCUAUUUGAAGUUCAAGGACCGCAUUGAGAAAGAAGGAUUGCCAACCUCACAAACCUCACAAACAUCCUUGUGUUCUGUUACUGGUCCACUGCAAUCAUCAAAACAUCGUGUGUAUAGACAAUUGAUAUUGCUUCAAGAAGAUAAAUUCCAAAAUGGCAAACACUAAAAGUCUUGAUAACUUGGAAUCAAAUGAUGAUCCACAGUCACAACUUAACAAUGCUGUAGAAGAGUUAAUUUUUUUUUUAAAGCACUGUCCCAUGGAUGGAUCAUUUAAAAAUGAUGCUGUUACAGAUGUUAUUAAGUUGGGUCUAGGCAAAGAGCGCCCACAAGUUGAUUCUUUCGUCAUGCCUGUUGCUGCAACCUGCCUGCCCAUGCUCUUUGCAUUUUUGGCCGAGGGAAGCCUGCAGACUGUGGAAGAUCUUUUGCUGUGUGCAGACGCCGCGGCAUCGCUUCUGGGCAUGUUUCCACCUGACAUGGCGAAUACCGUGGUGACGACCUGCCUGCGUGUGGGCAAUGAACCCAAUACUGAGGUGGACUUCUCAGAGGGUGACACGCAAAUUUUCUUAAAGUUGGUGGUGGCAAAGCCUCUGACUUUCAAGUUGUGCAUGUGCAGGGGACUGUUGCGAAACCAGUACUGCCUGACGCCCUCCAUCUUAGGAUACAUGGCACCAAUAAUUUCCACUGCUUGCUACCAAUUCUCUCCAUUCACCUGCUUGGGAUUCAGGACUUUACAUAUGUGGAUAUCGUACUGGAAGAAAAUGGAUUAUUAUCUUGACAGCACCGUUUCUGAAAACAUCUAUACUAUUGUUGUUGGCAAUUGGGAGAAUCCGGUUCCAGGUGUUCGCAAAGAGAAUGUGAAGACCCUGGAAAAAUUCCCUGGUAUUGUGUCAGCAUUAGUUGCCACCUUGGGAAUUAAUCGUCUGAGCCCCGCGGGAGCUGAAGUUUAUCGUGUGUGCUUGGCUGCUUUCACUGAUGUGGAUGCAUGGUGCUGUUGGUUCUUGCAACCCUUGCUCACUCUCUUGACCUCUCCAAGAGAACAAGACAGGUUAGCCCAGUUGAGCCUGUUAAUGCGGUGGCUUCCUCCAACUCUCCGCAAAUUUCCAGUUCUCACAGAAAUUAUGAACAAUGAGUUGUUGUCAAACAGAAAUGAGAAUUUACGAGUUGAUGUAGCCCUAAGUGCAUUAAUACAUCAAGCACGCAAAGAGGGAUACGUGGCAGAACUUUGGCCACAGUUUUCCUUUAUUGAGUCUUUUCUUAUUGAUGGUGAUGAGGAAGUUCGAAAACAUGCUUUUGGGGCCAUAUGUAAGAAAACAAAGAAGUCAGCAAUUCCACCAGCUGAAGAAUUUGAAGCAGUAAAAAAGUUUCUGAAAGAAAACGUUAAUGUGGACAGCAGUACACUGAGGCAAAGCAUUGUGAAUUCUUUUUCUCAUUUCCUUGAGCGAAUGUAUGAGUCGUGUGCAAAACAUAUAGAAGGGGAAUGUUCUGUACUGAAGCCAAAUCUUUCAUUCCUGCAUUGGAUGCAUAAGUUUCUGCUUGGUAAUUUGAAACUGGGUGGAAACUACCAGCGAAUAGUGACUUCUCUUCAGUUGUAUUUGGAGAUCCUAAAACGGUUCGGCCCAAGUGACACAAACAAACCUUCUACAGCUGAGACUAUUAGAUCUCUGGCCAAAGGCCAAGGCAUGUGGGCAUUUGAGACUGAGGAGAGCUGGCAUGUUACAGCUGCUGAAAUCCUGUCGAAACAUCUAAAACUUCUUAACAAGGAAGGCGCGUUGUCACGCUUAGAAUAUUUGUGGACGCUGACGCUCCGUCAGUGCCGCAGUGCCAUCUUCUAUGAAGCUGAGAGUGGCAGCCUGCUGAUGAAACUUAUUGUUCAUUUUCUAACAGAAUUACCACAUCUGUCUGUGACCUUUCCUCAUCAAACUGACAUAAUGAGAAACAAGGAGAGAUUGGAUAUGCUGCUUAAGACCUGCAGUGACUUCUCUGUUAGACUGCAAGUAGAUCCAGCAUUACAUAAUAAAUCUAUUAAUGAUUGUCCUGGAGAGCAUAGUGAAUCUGCUGCUAAAACCACUCCCAAAACUAAUAAACCCAAUGAAGAGAUGCAGAAUGCUGCAGAUACUAAACACUGUGAAGAGUUGCGGCCUUUGAUCACUUUCUGGCAAUUGGAGGUAGAACACCAGUGGAUCUCCUGCCGGAAGGAUGUGUUCCGUGCAAUGACCUGUGGUGCUGCUUUGCAUGGAGCCCUGGGUGCCUCUGUACACUUGGCCCCAUACUUCACUCAAGAAGAUGUAGCACUUGUAUUGCUGCAUUUAAAUAGGAUUGUGGAUUAUUUCCUCAGCCUUCUGUCUGGGCAGGAGGAGGAUUGCUGCGCAGUGUCCCCGUCAUUUGCAGAGAUGACAUUGGCUAUUAACAAGUUGGUGCCGGAGGAGGAUCUGGAGAGCUGUCCCACGCAGCUGUCCCCCGGCCACCAGCUCACCCUCAGUUGUGUGUGGCUCACCCUCAAAGAGAGUUGUGCCCUUGCAGCCACUCUCGUCUGCAACCCUAAUGCCUCUGGGUUGGAUGUAGUGCGCAGUUUGAUGAUUGUCGAGAAGGUUCUGCUUAGGUGUAGGCACAAGGGCACUAUUGAAGCUGCAGGAGCAUCUUUUGCAGUAAUGGUGCGACACGUGACAAGGAAAGAAGAAACUAGAAAGUGCUUAUCAUCGUUUCUCCCUGAAUGUGGUGAGAAGCUCGUGGACUUUCUCCAAGAUAUGUUGGAGCGAGUUCUCGUGGGCAUUGCUACUUAUUCCAACCAGACAUCCAUCACUCGCCAGUCUGCUGGCAUUGCUAUUCUUGUGCAGAAGAUUAUUGCUGCUGACGCUCGCCCUGACAAGCCGCUGCUGCGCGUGUGCCUGCGCGGGCUGUGCGAGGCGGUGGAGAGCCCCCCGCCGCUGGGCCAUGCCCUGGAGGAGUGCGACCUGCCGCAGGCGUGCGCCUUGCACCUGCUGAGCCGCCUGGCGCAGGACGCGUCGCUGCGCCUCGAGCUGCUGCCCUACGCCUCGGCCACGGCCCUGCUCUGCGUGGACGCCUUCUCCUCCGCCAACUGGACCGUGCAGAAUGCUGCUCUACAACUUUUUGGAGUUCUCUUACCUCUGAUUGUUGGGGAGAAAAAGGUUCAAGAUGAUGACACGGAAAUCUAUGGAAACCUUACUACUGAAGAGUUUCUUGCCCAUUAUCCCAGCCUGACUACCUUCUUCUUGGAUGAAAUGAAGAAAACAUCAUCUCAACCAGAUAUGUUUAAAUACAUUGUGCCCAUUUUGUCUUUUCUCAGUAAACUUACGUAUGGAGAUUGUUGGUCUGCAGAUAACUGUGGUCUUGAUCUUCAAUACUUUCUGAAAUAUAUGGUUCAAUUUAUGAAGUGCCCAGAAUUGGCUAUAAGAAAAACUGCCGCCAAAUGUUAUAGUAGAUUCAUACCCAAAAACAAGGUCUAUGCAACUGUUACAAUGUUAUGUACUGAAUUGAAGAAGGCAGAAAACAUGUCAGAGAAUGAAAUUCACGGAAAACUUGCUGCCCUACAACAGUUAAUUCAUCGCUUAAUAGAAGAAGGUACUGAUGUGCAAACAUUUAGGCAUAUGCGUCACAAUUUGCAAGUUCCUUUACCAGAAAAUUCAUAUAUUAAUAAGUCUAUUCACCUUGAAAUCAUGCAUCUUAUAGAAAUCCAUUGCAGUGAUUAUGGAUUCCAUGAUUAUUUGAAACUAGUAAGAGAGGUAAUUGUUGCUUUAAAAAAGAAAUCAUUCCGCGAUAUGCUUUUUCCAGGAAUUCAUUCUUGGGCCAUUCAGGGGGUUAAAUUUGCUUCCACUAGGUGCAGAGAAAAGGAGUUGUGUUCAAUCUGGACAACAGUGUAUGCAAAUGACUGGGAUAUCCUUUCUGACACUUGUGUUUGUGCAAUCAAAAGUAGAAUUCCCAAUUUGUCUGAAUCCACCAAAGAAGAGUUAACAAACACCUUGGUGUCUUGUGUGUGCAAUGGAUGGACAAAGGAAUGGGAUCUUUUAAGUUCCAUAUUCUUAACUCUUCUUGAGUUGACUUCAACUGUGAAUCUAAUGACAACUUUUAGAAUUAUUCAUAACAUACUUACCAUUGCCAGAAAAGAAGAGUGCUUAGUGAUUUGGUCGAUAUCUUUGCCUCUUGCUUGCAAAAUGUUUGCUUCUAACAUUACAAAUUUUCAUAACAUUUCCCAAUCAGAGAAAGAAUUCUUGAAGGUACUUGCAGAAGAAGCUCUGGCAAGAACGGCUGCUGAUGAAUGGGAUGUAGAUGUACGUUUUCAUGCUGCAGAAUCGUUUGUUGUACUGUUUCGAGGACUCUCUUGCCUUCAUUCUCAAGAUAAAGAGAUUGAAAAUGUGCCUUUGUAUGUGGAUAUAGUCAGUACUGUUUUGGACUGUGGAUUAGCCCUUUUGCAAGACGAAGACCCAGUAGUUCGCAGUGAAGCCAGCAAGUUUGUGUCGUCUGAACAGAACCCCUAUGUGUGCCUUCUGACUCUUCUUAGAGUGGAGGGGCUCCUUGGAGUAUUCAGCCAUUAUCAAAUAGCAAGGUACUUCCUAAAGAAGCUAUUGGAUAUGAGCUCGCUAGAAGCUAUGCUGGCAGAGGCCGAGUGCGAGAUGCAAGCUGCGGCUGCUGUGAAGAGCAGCCCCUUCGAGCAUGGGACGAGCAACAUCUACGCAGAAGAGGCUCAAGUGUUGAGGGCCAUGGCUGAGAGCCUCCUGGAGCUACUGCAACUGCAGCCAUGUGGGCCUGAUGCUCUGCCAGCAUUUCCCAAAGCCCAAGACCUCGAAGUCCUCGUCACAAAGCUACUUCACCACUGGAAAGGGAUGUCAAGCUCACCCUCAGAGGCAAAAUUACUGCUUUUGAAAUUGGAGAUACUUUCUCAAUUAGAAGAUAAAAUUACUAAUGGUUCUUCAAUCAAAGAUUAUUCAAAAUUAACGGAGAUGGUUAAAUCUUCUUUGAGGCCUUACAAGUCUACACUAGAUUUAAAUGAAGAUGCAUGCAGCAGUGUGAGAGUGCAGAAACAGUGUGUGUGACAGAUUUUGGUUAAGAUGGUACUUUUUUAGAACAUUGUAUUUUUAGGAAAGGAAGAUUCUUCACACAACACUGACGGUGCUUACAUGUUGAUCAUGCAUAUUCAAUAUUGAGGAGUUCUAUGUACCUCUGAUCUACAUGGCAUAUCAUUAAACUUCUUGAGACCUGGGAAUUUGCACCUUUGUAAAAUAACAUAUUUUGUGUCAUUCCAUUUUGUUUAAUAACAUAUAUUUAUUUGUUUGUAUUACACAUUUUAUUUUCCAGUUGUUUUUUUUAAUAUUGCAAUUAUAUUUAUUAAAUUGAUCUAGAAUGUUUUGUUUAUGUACAUAUUUCUAUAGAGAAGGAGCGGCAGGUUUUCUUUGCCAAUUCCUUAAAAGACUUUCAGAAGAAUGGAAGCAAUGAAGAUGGUUGAAGUUUUUUGUUUCUUUUUUUAAAUAUGUGAAAAGCUUACACAAACUUGCAGGCCAGCAGAAUGGAUAACUAAGCUUUAAUUUUUUUGACUUUAAAUCAUAGUCAAAUAUAAAAAGUAUUAUUUAAGACUGAGAACAGUUGAUAUGAGAUUGAGAGAACAAUUUUUUAUAUUUGGUGUGCCAUUGUUAAAAGCUUUAAGAAAGUCAUUAGCAUAUGAGCCUAUAAGAAAUUUCACUUGAAUGAAUGAUAUAAAAUAUAUCAGUAUGUAGUUUAUAAAUGUCUAGUGAUACAGUUUUUGAGUUCUUGUGAUGUGCUUUAUUUAUUUACAAAAAAUGUUACAUAAAUGUCUUCUUUUGGGAUGAAUGAUUGUUGAAAAUAUUUUUCCUUACUCUGAAUUUGUAUUUUUUUUAAUUUGGAAAAUGUUUAGUUCUCUGUCUUUGAUUCUUUUGGGUCUUUGCAUUUCAAUAGAUAUAACAAGUAUCUGUUGCUUUAUUAUCAAUCAUAAGAAAAAUAAGUUAUUAAAUAGCAAUGCAUCAAACCACGUGAAAAAUCAAUCAUGUAUCAGUAAAAAAAAAAUAUUUUGGAUUCAGUUUUUUAUUAUUACAAAACAUUUCGUUCUUGUUUUGAAAUUAUUUUCCCAUACGUUAAUAAAUAAUUUCAAAAUGAAUGACAAUACAGUAAAACCUUGAUAAAUAAAAUUAAAAUUAAGAAAUUAAUAUAUAAUGAAAUAUCUGUAAUAAACUAUUAAAAACAUUAUCAAUCACUUCAUUUUCAAUUAUGCAUGCAAUGCGUAAUUAAUUAUUAUUAUUAUUAUUAUUAUUAUUAUUAUUAUUAUUAUUAUUAUUAUUAUUAUUAUUACUAUUAUUAUUAGUAGUAGUAGUAGUAAUAAUAAUGUAUUUUAAAAUGUUUCAGUAAUCAAUAUUGAUAAAAUUUCACAUCUUCAUAAUUACUUACUGUGUUUAAAAUCAAUAUUUCCACUAUGUGACAUUUUCUUUAAGUUUAUACAGGAAUUCUUGGGCAUAAUUUUGAAGAGUUAUAAAGAAAUAUUCACGUUACAGUCUGAGGAGUCCAAUAAAACAACCCAGAAUAUCGUUUUUGGUAGAGGUCCGUGAAAAAUGCUCAAAAACUGGAAUAUGUGAGAUUUACUCUAUCAGUUACUUUUCAAAACAUG